AUGUAUUCUAUGCCGCUCAACAACGGAGGAUCUAGCGCCUCUCCCCCUCAACACCAAUAUCAUCUUCAACCGCAACAGCAGCAGGAGCAGUAUCACCAGCAUGCCCAGCAACCUUUGCAGCAGGAAUCGCUCGAUGGCCAGCUCCAGCACCUCCAACAGCAGCAAGCGCAGCUUGAAGCCAUGCGCAUCCUUCAGCAACAGCACAUGCUGCCCAACAUUGUCACGCCCAAGCACGAAGACCUCGCGCUCGUCCACAACCAGCCUUCGGGCCCGUGGUCGAGCGAGGACUACGACUCCAUGAUGCGCACCAUCCUCGACGCUACUCUGCCUUCCGAUCAUUUCACCGACCUCGAGGCACCUGCCUCCCUCGCAUCCUUUUCAGCUUCGUACGCAGGCUCCUUUGUCUCGGGUUCCAGCGACAGCGGCGCCAGCCCCAACACCAUCAAUGAUCUUGUCUACGGUGCUUCCAAUUUCCCGACACCGCCGGACUCCGAUAUUGGCUCCUCUGCCCGCAACUUCUCCUUCUCGCUCGCCCCCAACAAUGGCGCAGCCAUCAGCCCGGAUGGAAGUUUCGAUUUCUCCAAUGCUUCCUAUGCGCAGUCGUAUUCCGGCUCGGACAUCACUUCUCCGUACACGCAGAACUUCAACAUGCAGGCUUCCUCCUCGACCUCGCCUUUCGGAUUGCAGCCUGUUCAGCUACCACCUGCUUCGCUACCUGCCAACGGGCCAUCUCCUUCUGCCUCCUCGUCUCUGCAGUGGAACUCUAACUUCCUCGCUCCCAACGCUCCCAACGCUGCCGGACUCCUGCCCUCUCCUGCAUCGCAAGGUACCCCUCCGCAGUCUAGUGAGCCCGCACCACCUGCUGUGCCGGCGCCAUCUAACAACACGGAUGGCGCUGGUCGCAAGAGACGUGCUGCGGAAGCCAAGUCGGAACCAAAGAAAGCUGCCGUCACCGUUGCACCUAAAGCAGAGCCCGUUGAGGAUGCGCGCAAGGCAAAGAAGGCUAAGCCCACCGUCUUGUCCGCUUCGUCGGUCGAACUCAAGCCAGCCUCCUCCAGCAGCAACGCACCCAUCAGUAGCAUCAGUAGUAAGCUGCCUCAUAUGGAAGUCGGCAGUAACGCAACUGCGCUCGCCGCCAUCGAGAGGCUCAAAGCCAAGCGACUCCAGGAAUCACAAGCCGCUGCACAGGCUGCUCGCGAGGCACAGGCAGCACAAGGUUCGUCACAGUCCUCCGCCUUGCCAGCAUCCUACGACAAAGCACCGCUCGAUUCCGCCACUCGCCAACAGAAGAAGGUCGCCCAUAACGCCAUCGAGAGGAGGUAUCGCAACAACAUCAACGACCGCAUCGCCGCCCUUCGCCGUGCUGUUCCAGCCCUUCGUGAGAUUCGACCCCGCAAGACGCCAUCCGGUCGCAGGAGUAGGAAAGCUCAGCAGGAGGAAGAUCUCGUUGAUGGUGUUCCUGCUGCUACCAAGCUCAACAAAGCCACCAUUCUCGGUAAGGCCACCGACUACAUAAAAUACCUCAAGUCCCGCGAGUUGCGCCUGACCAGCGAAGUGGCUGGCCUUCGCGAGCUCGUCCGCAGUCUCGAGGGAGGUGAGGAGCUUCUCGAGCUCUGGGAGGCUGAGAUGGACAAGGUGGUUGCAGAGCAAGAGGCCCUAGCUGAUGCAGCUGCUGCCAGAGAGGAUGAGGAGGCAGAGCAAGCUGCUGGCGGUGCGGAAGCGGAAGAUGACGAUGACGACGACGAAGAAGCUGAGGAUGACGAGGAGGAGGCCGACACUGCUGAGAGCUCCUACGCCAGCGCCUCCUCCUCGUCCCCUCCAUCCGCACGAAGCCGCACCGGAUCUAAAGCAGGACGUGGUCGCCGAUCCGGCAUCGGUGGUGCGCUUUCCUCUGUUGCCUCGUCUCGAUACAUGCUUGCCACUUUUCUGGGCAUCAGCUUCAUCGGCUCCGGCACCGAAUUUGCCUUCGACGCCACUGCAUCUGAUGCAAGCCAAGCCGUUUCUCGCCCUGCCACCGGUAAGAUCGUGGUGGGCGCCAGCCGACAGUUGCUCAAGCGUUCCGCAACCUACAUGGCACCCGCUACCUCCCUUGCCCAGGACUCGCACGUGUUCGACGACGUCCCUACGCACGCGCUCGCCUUCGAAGUGUUGCGUAUUGUCUCGUUUGCUUUCUGCUUCCUCUUCCUCGUUUGGCCGCUCUUUGUUCGUCUCUUUGCAUCGCGCUCGACGUCUUCGACGCAAGACAUUAGCGAUGCCGAUGAGGAGCAAGACGAGAGCCCGAGCGGCCCCACUCGCAAGUUGCGUCAGGCAUUGUCCAAAGGAGAGAUCGACAUUGCUGCCUAUGACAAGGCUUUGCGCGCUCGAGUCGCAGCUCCUGCUUCUGCGAUUUUCGCCGCUUCCUCGGUGGCUUUGGCUGCAUUGCGUCUUGCCUUCAGCCGCAUGUCCCGCUUCCAGAAGCUUUUGCCCGCCCAGCGUAUCUCUGAUGAGGACACAGCAGCGCUUGCUCGCCUGCUCGAAGUCGAAACCCUGUGCCCAGGCACGUCGCAGACGUCCUGGAUGCUUCGACUCCACACCGUACUUCGCCUGGCAAACAGCAAGCACGUGCGUGUUGGGCGGGAGGUGACUGUAGCACGCGAUCCUGUCGUGGCUGCACCUCGACUCAAAGCUACCCUAGCGCUGUCUCUUGCCCGCCUCGGCGAAGGUAUUGACGCUGUGCAGGACUUUGCUGACCAACUCUGGACGGAGGCACGAUCGAGUCUUCGCGGGUCUGCUUCUAGCACGGCUUCAUCGAGUAGCGAGGCCAACACCACAUCCUCGCCCUCUGCGUCGCACAAGGAUGAGGGCCUCACUGAGACGCAAGAUGCCUCUUGGCUCUCUUGUGUGCUCUCGCUCGAUCUCGAUACCGCCCUGGAUUUGCUUAACUCUGCCUCGUCGUCGACCGAUCCGCGCAAUUGCGACUUUUCCGCCGUGCUCGCCAUCGCAGACGUCUACUACACGGCACGUCUCGCGGCUGUGUGGAACCGCCUGUUGGCCAGCCUCAUCCAUGCUUCGUGCCCCCCUUCGGCCGACGCCAACGCCACCUCGCUCGUGAGAGACUUUGUCUCGCUGCAAGCCAAUCAGAGGCUCGAUCUUGACAUUGUUCGCGAUGCCGACAAGCGCAAGGAAUUGCAUGCGGAGAUCACCUCGCUUGCGCGUACUGCUCCUCCCACUGCCCGUGCAUGGCAGAUGGCCCAGGUGACGCUCGCUACUUGGUCGGCGGUGCUCGGCAACGUCGCUCUGGCGCGACACGUUGCGUCGAUCUUGCGCGAGCAUCCGCUUUCCGUCGAUGGCAACGUCAAGCUGGCAAGUGUCGACAUGCUUCACGCGUUUGUCGCUCUGAACAGCUCGUUGGAUUCAUCGUCGGGCAUCGCAGCACACGACGAGCUGGAUGCCAAAGCCAACUUGUUCAUCGGCUGGCUGCGGUUCCUGCGCACCUAUGCUGAUGCUCGAACGGAUGUCAAGGCUCUGCACGCUGCCACGCUGCACAUCAGGAAGCUCGUCGCUGCGGUCACCACGCCUGUUGUUGUCAGCUCGGCACGCAGCGAAGAGGAUGCUCGCAGCGACGAGGAGGUCGAGGCUAGCCUCGACCUUGUGACGGAUCUCUGCACUGCUCUGGGACGUCGCAUCAACCGGCUGCCCCAAUCUGCGUCCGCUGAGUCUGCGGCGAAACUCCUUCUGGACGCCGCGGACGACGACAGGGACUCGGGAAUCGAGGUGUGA